ACUAGUAGCUGGACAUGUCUACGCCUGUGCAAACAUCCAAAGAUCAAACGCAAUUGCCUCUGGAGCAGUAUCCGGGAAAAAUGCCAAACCCAGCAUGAAAAGUGAUUAUUGCUCAUCAUCAAUUUUUAUUCUUCUGGAAGAGGCCCUAGCAGUUAAUAUCGGCACUAAAUUCUCAUUCUCGCCAGCUGUGACCCCCCGCACUCGCACUGAGAUUCGCGAAUUGGUUGGUUGGAUGAACCCAACAGCAGAGUAAAUAAAUGAACCGGAAAGAAAUAGCGUACGCGGCUGCUCAAGAACUGCGAACUUUUUCCUGCGAGAAGCGACGCGACGUCACACCCACGAGUUCGUCGCUCGGCGUCGUCACGAUCUUCUUCUUCCACGACCCCCCCUGUUCGUGUUCGCACAACCAGCAGAUAGAUCUUCCGAUCUCCAAGCGCACAACCAGCAGAAGGAUAGAUAUUCCUGCGGAUAUCGCGGCGGAAGUCCCGGCCGUUUCAAAUUUGGUUGGGAGAGCGACGCGGCAUUGACCCGCCGUUCCGAUCGCCGCGUGCCAUGAUCAUGGCGUCUCGCGCAGCUCCUCUCGUCCUGCUCCUCUUCUUCGUGGCCGCGUCCAUGUUCGCCGUCGAUGCGUCAGCGGCGGUGGCGGCGGCGCCCGGCGUGAACUCGCCGUUCGUGCUCGCGGCGGCGCGGACGCAGCGGAAGGACCCGCUCGACGGGCUGAGGUACUACACCGGCGGCUGGAACAUCAGCAGCGAGCACUACUGGGCCUCGGUGGGCUUCAGCGCGGCGCCGGUCUUCGCGGCGGCCGGAGUCUGGUUCGCCGUGUUCGGCGCCGCCCUGUUCCUCGCCGGGUGCUGCUACUGCUGCUGCCCCAGCCGCAGCACCUCCUACUCCCGCGCGGCCCUGGUCGUCUCGCUCCUGCUCCUCCUCGCCUUCACGGCCGCCGCCGCCAUCGGGUGCGCCAUCCUGUACGACGGGCAGGGCCGGUUCCACGGCAGCACGGCGGCGACGGUGGACUACGUGGUCAAGCAGUCGGGCGACACGGUGGACAACCUGCGGGCCUUCUCGGGGUUCCUGGAGGCGGCGAAGGCGGCCGGCGUGGGGCCCGUCUCGCUGCCCGACGACCUCAAGGGGAGGAUCGACGGCGUCGUGCGCAGGGUGAGCUCCGCCUCCGACGAGCUCGCCGCCCGCACCGCCAGCAACUCCGCCAAGAUCCGAGACGCGCUGGACACAAUAAGGAAGAUCCUCAUCGUUCUUGCAGCCGGGAUGCUAAUCCUCGCCUUCGCUGGCCUUGUGUUCUCGGCGUGUGGAUUGGAGUCGCUGGUCUACGUGUUGGUGUUCCUCGGGUGGAUUCUGGUUGCGGCAACGUUCGUGAUGUGCGGCACGUUCCUCCUCCUGCACAACGUGGUGGGGGACACGUGCGUGGCGAUGGGCGAGUGGGUGCGGCGCCCGCAGGAGCACACGGCGCUGGACGACAUCCUGCCGUGCGUCGACACGGCGGCCGCCACGGAGGCGCUCGGCCGGAGCAAGGAGGUGAACUACCGCCUCGUGGACGUGCUCAACGGCGUCAUCUCCAACGUGACCAACCGCGACUUCCCGCCGCAGGCGCCGCUCUCGCCGCCGCUCUACUACAACCAGUCGGGGCCGCCCGUUCCGCCGCUCUGCAACCCCUACACGCCGGACCUCCGCGACCGCGCCUGCGCGCCCGGCGAGGUCGCCGGCCCGGACGCCGCGCGGCAGGCGUGGGGCGGCAGCGUGUGCCGGACGGCGGACGCUGGCGGGUCGGGGGUGUGCGCCACCGCCGGGCGGUUGACGCCGUCCAUGUACGCGCAGAUGGUCGGCGCCGCCAACGUGAGCUACGGGCUGUCCCGGUACGGGCCGGUGCUUGUGGACCUGGCCGACUGCGCGUUCGUGCGCCGCGCGUUCCAGGCCGUCGGCGAGGACCACUGCCCCGGGCUGCGGAGGUACAGCGAGCAGGUGUACCGGGGCCUGCUGGCCGUCGCGGCCGCCGGGCUGCUCUUGGUGCUGCUGUGGGUGGUGCACUCGAGGGAGAGGCGGAAGAGGAGCGACGCCAGGGAGGUGGAGCUCAUGGCGCCGCCGCCGCCCUUCAGGUACCCGCUGGAGGAGAAGGCGCUGCUGCACAGCCCGAGAAGAAGGCCGUACAUGUGAUGUGAGCGUGCCGGUUUGUUAGGCAGAUAUCAUGCUUGCUAGUCUCCAACCGGCAGGGGCUUCCUGCAGGGUUGCAUUGUGCUUUGUAGCCUACUGCCAGAUUGCAUUAACAGUCUUGAAUAUGAUAGCGAGGCACUAAUUCGAACUUAAACCGUGAAAUGGAUCGGUCACCUGCAGAUUU